AUGCUCGCACCCCGGCCCCUCUGCCUAGGCAGCUCCUGGACUACCUGCCUGAGAGCCACUCGUUUCAAGCCCUCACUUGCAUCCCACCUUCCUCGGGGCCUAUUAGGAUCUGCGCCAUGUACUUUUAGAGCUGCUACUGCCUCCUAUAUAACCACUUCACCCGCUCUCUCCCCGCAAAAUUCGACCCAUCUAGAUCCCCCGCCGGACGACUAUGCUCUGACCCCCUUCGCCGAUCGAUGUAUUCUUGUCGCUGAAGCCGGCGCCGGUGGUCACGGCUGUGUAUCGUUCCUCCGCGAAAAGUACAUUGAGGAAGGCCCUGCCAACGGUGGCGAUGGAGGGAGCGGCGGGAACAUCUACAUUCAGGCGAUACGUGGCGAAACCUCACUUCACAAGCUCGCUAGGCGGCGUCUGAUCAAGGCUGGCAGAGGAAGAAAUGGUCAAGGAAAAGUACGUGGCGGCGAGCGAGGCGCCGACAUACUUAUCACUGUGCCGGUAGGUACCAUUGUACGCGAGAUCCAACGACACGAUCCUAUCCAGGACGAGCUGGAUGAGCUGGAGCGCACCUCGCGAUACACGCGCCACCAGCACCGUGACAAAGAUAAAAAGGAUGAAGAGGAAGGGACAGGCAGUUAUCGAAGAGACAAAUGGCUGGUAUUCCCGGGCAUGGUCCCCUCCGAACUCAAUAGAAUGUCCUUUCCCAAACUUCCUCCACCUCGCAAGUCACAUCUUACUGCCCUUCAACCACCAUCGCCCAUCUGGCUAGACUUGGACAAACACAUGGAGACGCCCAUGCUGCUCGCUGCGGGAUCUAUGGGCGGAUUGGGGAACCCGCAUUUUGUUACCCAUAACCAGUCGCGGCCGAAAAUGGCUACCAGGGGCGAUGCAGGCAUGAAGCUGUCGUUGCAAUUGGAGUUGAAGAUUUUGGCAGACCUUGGUUUGGUCGGCCUACCUAACGCUGGAAAGAGUACGCUCCUGCGAGCAAUGAGCAACAGUCGCGCUCGCGUCGGGAACUGGGCAUUCACCACUCUUCAACCAAAUGUCGGUACGGUAGUCUUGGACAAUCACAAAGGUCGGCCCGUAGUUUCGAAACGUACCAGAGACGGCGAAUUGCGUGAAAAUUUCACCGUUGCUGACGUCCCGGGGCUAAUCGAGGGCGCUCAUUUAGACAAAGGCCUCGGUCUUGGCUUUCUCCGCCAUGUGGAGCGGGCAGCCGUCCUCGCCUUCGUCAUUGAUCUAUCAGCAGGCGACGCGGUGCAAGCACUGAAGCUACUCUGGAAAGAGGUAUCCGAAUACGAGUCGCAACGGAGCAAAGAGUUCAAUGCCGAGACCCAACGCAGGUUGGUUUCUUAUGUACCACCGCACUUGCGAACGGCAGAGAGCGAUAGCGACGAAGACUCCAUCGGGACCCCCGAGUUGGAUAUAUCGGUUGAACCACUUCCUUUCAUCCCCACUACCCCCAUUUCAGCGAAACCUUGGUUCGUUGUCGCGACCAAGGCAGAUGUGGAUGCUACGCAGCAAAACUACACGUCGCUGCAAAAGUAUCUUGAUGAUGUACGAACGGGCGUCCAGCCGCAUCCCAGCGGCCUCAAAAACGCAUGGAGGCACAAAACCCAAGCUGUUCCUAUAAGCGCCAUUAGGGCCGAAGGUAUCGACGCUAUUCCUCAGCUCGUCAUGGAUUUACUCGAAGAAUGAUACCCUCUCUUGUACAAAAUGUAGCAUACUAUUUACGAUAACAAAAUGUAUAUUAUCUGUAACAACUUCAUUGACAUGUCGAUCCACCCAACCUUGACACGUUUUUUUCCCUUUCCAUCGUCAAACCACUAGGCCUCGAUACCCGCAAAUUUCGCCAAACUACCUCAGGUCGCAUCAGCCCUUCCAAGGUUUGCAUCGUUGUCGGAAAUUGCAAAGCUCUCGCUACAAAAUGGUGGGGCGGCUAGAACUAGUGAGUCUUGCCUGCUGCAAGGUACCGCGCGCAGCCGCCCGCGCUGCU